CAUUUCUGUAGUUCUGUUUUCACCAUCGGCACUGGGAUGGCGUUAAAGUUUACCCUCUUCCUGAUAGCGGCAGUCAGUGCUGCGAGCCUACAGGACUACCAGCAGCACCAAUCCCAACAACACCAACAGCCACAACAUCAACAGCACAAUCAAGCGGACCCCUGGGAACUGAAGCGAUACGCAGCCGAGGCACAGAGCCAGAAUGAAGAUUCAGUCGGUUAUGACUUUGCCUACUCCGUACACGACCCAGUGACCGGCGAUCAGAAGAGCCAGGAAGAGUCGCGUCGCAAUGGACACGUCCGGGGUCAAUAUUCGUGGGUCGAUGCGGACGGCAUACGCCAGAUUGUUAACUACCGUGCCGACGAUCGCAACGGUUUCAACGCCGAGCAGCGGCGCGAGCCCGCUAACCGACCAAGGUUGAACCGUGUGUUCCAGUUUAUUCCGGCUCAAACGGUGGCGCCACUGUACACGAUCGAUACCAUCAUUGCACCUGCGUACACCUCCGUCUCCCGAGUUGACCAGCUGCGCCGACGCGAUCAGGCACCUCGCGAUGGACGAGAUGAAACCGGCGAUAACAAUCGAGAGGACCGUGGCAACCGUCGGGACGAGCUAACCGAACAGCGCGAUGAGAAGCGCGAGGAUCGUCACGAUGACGUGCGUGACGAACGCCGUCGAGGUGAUCGGCGUGAGGAAAGCCGGGAAGAGCGACAGGACGAUCGUCAGGAUGGACGCCGGGAGGAGCACCGUGAGGACCGACAGGAGGAGCGCCGGGACGAUCACCGCGAGGAACGUCGUGAAGAUCAGCAUCAGGACGAACGCCGAGAGAAUCAACGAGAGGAUCGUCGAGAGGAUCGCCGUGACGAUCGCCGAGAGGGACGCCAUGAGGAACGUCGCGACGAACGUCGUGAGGAACGCCGCGAGGAACGUAGGGACGAAAACCGUGAUGACACCCGUGACAAUCAGGACAACCGUCGCGAUGACCGAGAGAACAGCGAAGGACGCCGCGAAGAUGCGCGGGAUGAGCGUCGUGAAAACAAUCGUGACGAACGUCGUCAAGAUGGCUUUCAAGCUGGUGCACAGUCCGAAGUUCGAUUCAAUGCUCCCUCGGUAACCUAUCAGUACAGUAACUGAAAUGUCACGCAACUGCCAAGAUGAAAUGAACAGCAUACUCCUUAAACAAGGCAUCAACCCGAGACAUUCUUCACCCGAGACAUACUCGUGAAACAUUUGCUACAACUCUACAAGUGUUGCCAAUGUUUAUUUAAAGAAAAUAAA